CUUGGCGUCAACAACAUGCGCCUCAACGAGCACACCUACAUCUGCGGCGACCGCUGCAUCCUCGUGCCCUACCGAAAAGAGCAUGUGCCGAAAUACCACGAGUGGAUGAAGUCGCCGGAGCUUCUUGAGCUCACGGCGAGCGAGCCGCUUUCGCUCGAGGAAGAAUAUGAAAUGCAGCAGAAGUGGCAGGUGGACGAGGACAAGCUCACGUUCAUCGUCCUCGCACGCCCGGAUGACUUCCCAGCGUCGUCCCAUCCUUUGCUUACAUGGGAGCAGGUCCAGGGAUGUCAGAUGGUUGGCGACGUCAACCUCUUCAAGCCUGAGGGCAGCGACGACGCCGAGUGCGAGAUCAUGAUAGCAGAACCCGAGUUCAGGCGUAAGGGGAUCGCUGUUGAGGCGCUGAGUCUGUUCAUUACCUACGCAGUCCACCACCUCCCCCUCUCCCCCCGGCACUUCAUUGCGCGCAUCGGCACCGCAAACACUGCUAGCAUAUCUCUCUUCGAGCGGCUGGGCUUUGGCAAAGUACGCGUUGUGGAAGUCUGGUCGGAAGCCGAGAUGCGUUGGGGCUGGACUGAGUCGAGUGGAGAAGAGUACGAUGACUCUUGGGCCGACAUGCACGACCCAGACGCAUGGCCCAAGACGAUAUUGGAGGGGCGUGUGGGGAAUACAGGAGAGACGAGGGCGGCGGUAGGCGCGGCGGGGGAGGGCGCGUAAACAACCCCACAUGCGCUUACAGUAAUCACAUGGAUGGGGGAUGCCGUGAUGCAUGUGCCUGGGGCCGUGAUGGUUGCG